AUGAAUAAGAAAGAAAAUUAGUGCAAAUAUAGCAAGAAUGAUUUAGUUUACGCGAAGAUUAGGGGUUAUCCAUGGUGGCCAGGAAUCAUAGGAGAGAUUAAAAUGAAGCCCGGAGAAAACGGAGAAAAAAAGUACGAAUUGCUAGUCAAUUUCAUAGGUGAUCACUCACAUUCAAUGGUUAAUGAAGAUAAGCUUCAGAAAUUUUAUGUUAAGGAGAUAGAUUUUAAAAAUAAAAAGCGUAAAAAAUUAAUGCAAUCCAUUCAAAUAGCGAAUGACAUUUAUAAUGGGAAGUACACAUACGAAGAAUGGCGAAAUAGGGAUAAAAAGAGGUCACAGUAAUAGAAAAAGUCAAAAUAGAAUAAGGAUAAAAAAUCCUAGUUUAAUGAAAGCAAUUCUGAAGAUGGAAAUUCAUCAGAUGAUUAAAGAGAUAGCGAAAUAGAAGACGAUGAAGAAUAUGGACCUGUUUUAACAGCAAGACAGUCAUUUAAUUCUUAGGUGGCAGGAACACCUGUAGCAGCACUUUCAAAUGCUGGUAUAAAUAACAAUUAAAUAUCUUAGCAAAGCAAGUAACCCAAGACCAUGAAAAAACCAAGUGGAAAGUUAUCUAGUUCAGCAAAUGGUCAUUAAUAUCAUGAAAUUGACGAUGAAGAUGCUCCUUCAAAGGGCAGUAGCAAGUUAAAAAAUAAAAGAAAAAAUAAUAAGGUGAUCGAAGAUUCUGAAGAAGAAAAAUAUAAAGGAUUAUUUGGUCAUCAUAUAAGCAAUUCUGAUGCGAAUCAUGGUAGCGGAAUAGCUUUAAAUUAAAAUGGCAUCAAUUCUGCUAAUGUAAAGGGUAUGAAUUCUGCAGUUAGAAAUAGCAAUUCAACCCUUCAAAGUACUGCAAUAUUUUAGAAUGACCCAUCAGCGAAUAGUAGCACAAGCAGCAGUAGUCAUUAAUAAUAACUGAAUUCUAAUUCUAGCUCCAAUUUUAAUAAUAGCAAUACGAAUGGAGUCAAAAAUUAUACUCAAAAUUCAGUCUCAGCCAAUUCAGCACAAAGCAAAAACCUUAAAAAUGAUACCAUGGUUAUUGAAACAGACGAUGACGAGGAAGAAGAAGGAGGUGCUAUUCCUAAUAAUAACUUAAUGAAUUCUAAAAGCAGUUUAGGAAAUUCAACUGAAAAGCAAAGUAAAACUAGCAAUAUUCCUUUAUCUAAACUAGAUGAAACAUUGGCUAAAUAUCCACCCUUGCUAAUGAACCAAACUGCCUAAUCGUCAGAGGAGAAAAACAAAGCCUUAUAAAAUAGCAAAUAAGAAAAUAUACAGCAAAAGAACUAGGGUUUAAGCUUAAAGAAAUAGCAAAGCUUAGAAUAAAAGUAAAAUAAUAAUGCAAGUAUAGAUUUUACUAGAAGCAUUAGAUCUAAGCAAUCAAGUUUAGUUUCAAAUCAAUAAUAAGUAAUAGAGGAGGAAGAUGAUAACUCAGAAAUAGUAUAAGAUAGUUCUAACAAUGAUCAGCAAGUCGAAAUAAAAAUUGAAGAUUAUGAAGAUGAUAGCAAGAUAAUAUCUAAUAAAAGUAGAUUAAAUAACGAAAGCUCUCAAAUAAAAGAAAUAUAAAGUGAUGAUUUAGAUGACAUUGACUAAGAUUCUGAAAAUAAUUCAAAUUAAAGACAAACGAGAGCAAGCAAGCGUAAACAAAUCAAGAAAUCUAAAAAUUCUGCUCUGAUAACUAAAAUAGAUAAGAUGUCACUUUCUAAAAAAUUAUCAACUCCAUAACCAUAAUAGGAUACUGAAAAUCUAGCUACUAUUAAAAAUGGCAGAUUGACAAGAUCCAGAGCAUAAAAUUUAAAGGGCAAAAAGAACAAAAAUAAAAUAAUAUCUUCUUCUUAAAACUCUAGUAAAUAACAUACUUUUUUAAGAACUAGAAGCACAGUUAAGGGAAAAGAAUCCAAAAUUACUACUAAAAACAUAUCUGAUGAUUUUCCUUCAGUAAGAACUAGAAAGGGAAGUAUGAGAAGCUAGUAAAAUAAUAGCACAUACUAUUCUGAAAUAUCAAUCUCUCAUUCUUCACCACAUAUUUCCAAUAAUUUAAGCUAACCUUUUAUCUAUCAUGAUUAAAUCCUUAACCUAGAAGAUGAAUUUAACCAACUGUUCUCACAUCUUUAGUCAAUGAGUUCUUUAGAUUUUUCUGAUACAUUCAGUAUCCUGCAAGAUAUAAUAUAUAAAAUUAAAACCUAAGAACCUAAAAUUGAUAAUAUUAUUGGUAUUUUGGGAUCUGAUAAUGGCAAACUUCUCCUUUGCGCUAAAACUUUGCUAUUUAAUGAUAGUUUAUAUGGAACUAGCAAUACAACAUUUUCUACUUAACAAAUUAAUGAACUUCAAUAAGAACUUGAUUCUUUAAUUGAUACAUUAAAAGGCCUUCUAUUUAAAAGAUUCUUUGACUUUGAAGAAAAAUUAAGAUUACUCAAGACAGUCAAUAGCAGUUCAAGUAAGAAUAGAGAAUUUGAAGAGUUUGAAAAGGCGUCAUAGAAAAUAUCUCCAAAAGGAAAGAAGAAAGAAUUUGAUAAUUUAACUUAAUAAAUGUCUUCCUCUUCUUCUUCAUGCUCUGUGCGUCCUAGAAAACAAUCUUCUUCUCAAUAAAUAAAAGACUUUACACCAAGUUAAACUUAAUAAUUUUCACUGUUAUCAAAAGACUCAUCAGAAAUCAUGAUUCCAGCUAGUUCUUUAGCUGAGAAAGAAACUGUUUAAGAGCAAUCUCUGGCAAGUUUGAUUCAAAUGCAAAGCGAAGCUUCUUUAAAGAUGUCUCAAACUCCAAUGAGCGAUUUAUAAUAAAGUGUUGCUACGUAAAAAAUAUAAAACUCAAUCGAUUAGGCUAUAAUUAGCAAUAGUGCAGGCAGCAAUUCUACAAAUGGAGCUUUCCUUCUAAACUCUUCUCAUAGUUACUCACUCGGAGCUACUGAAAGCUUUGAUUAAAAGAUUUCUCGUUAAUAAAAUUCUGAGUAAAAUUAUAAUGAUAAAAUAAUUGACGAAUAAUCUGAAAACAAAUGUGAUAAAGAAAAUAACAUCAACAACUUAACUGAAGAUCAAAAGCUCAUGAGAAGGAAGAUAUGUCUUAAAAUUAUCAAGCCUCUAAUAAAAAUAUUGAAAGACUAACCUUCAGCAUAAAAUUAUGCCAAGAAUAUUGAGAUAAUGAUAAGACAAAAAUAUCCUUAAAUGUGUGGUGAGUAUAAAAACAUAUGCAAGAACUUGAUAACUCUCAUAAACUAAAUUGACUUUCAUACGACUUCAGAAAAGAUAGAGUUAUACCUUAGUUCACACAACCCAGAAAAUAUUUCAAUUCUUGAAGUGAAAAUUUAAAAUUACAACGGUGAAAGUGCAAUAAAUAAUGACAAUCUUAAAAAUCCUACUCAUUUGAAUGACGAAAGUAAUUUUAGUUAACAUGCUAACAGAACUCCUAAUUCAUGUAGAAAAUACUCAAAUACGAGUAUGAGAAUGGAGGAAGAAGAAAACAUGAAUAGAUACGAUAAUAGCUCUGAAUCAGGUGGUCAUCAUGAUGUCCAUAAUUAGAGCUAAUCUGGUGAAGAUAAGAGUGCUGUUUUUGAAGAAUUUGCUUCCAAAAACCUCUCAUCUGAAAAAAAAUAAUAACAAAAAUAAAUUUAAUAAAUCGACCAACAAAACAAGAUAAUUGUGGAUGAAGAGGAUGAUGAAGAGGAAGUUUAAGUAGAAGUUCAUCAAAAGAUUUCACUUUCUGUUAACAACUCACCUCAUAAUUCAUAAAUAGAGGAAAGCAAAAAAGAUAGUUUAUUAAAUCCAGUUGAAUAAAACCAAAUGAUUUUAGAUAAUCAUGGCAAGUUAGAGAUCAAAGAGGAAAAGAUGGAAGAAGAAGAAGUUGAAAACUCUUGCCUUCAAAAGGAAGAAAGAGAUGAUAAAGUAGAGGAAAAGUAGGAAGAUACUGAAUUAGACUUAAAAAUUAAAAUUAAUGAGAAUUCUACUCCAAUAAAGUCAAAUAAGGAGAAUGAAGAUAAUAUCUAAGUAGAAGAUGAUGAUGACGAAGAAGAAGAGGAGAUUGGAAGUUAAUACAGUUAAUAACUAAAGAAAAGCUAAGAAUAAAUACUAAAUUCCUCUAGAAAAUAAAGUAACGAAAGUAGGAAUGAAAGCUGCAAACUCUCUGAGUAGUUAUAAUGUUCGCCUUGUGACAAAUAUUUAUAAUUAGAUGCUUUAGAGUCACACUUUGAUCACGAUACCUCUAGCAAUAAACCAUGUUCUAUUGAAAAAACCUAAAUUUAACACAUAGAAAAUGAGCAUAAAUCUGUGAUCAACGAUGAACACCAAAAAGACAUAAUUACUGCCAGUAAUGAAAUAGAUGCAGAGCAUAACGAAAAAGUUAACGUCUCAAACAUAAAUAAUGAAGUGAAUGAGUCUUCCUCUACUCCUCUAUUGUGUGAUAAUAAUUAAAAUCCUGCUGCUCCUUCUCUAUAAUGA